AUGAAAACAAGUCAAUUCAUAUGGUUUUUGGUUAUCUUGUUGGUUUCUGUUGUGGUUUAUGAUUACAACAAGACAAUGAAUGUUGACAUUCCAAAAAUGGAAGAAUCAGAAACAAUAGUUUAUCAAUCAGAUUAUGGAACUAUUCAGUAUCACAUUCUUAAUGGCCAUUUAUUGAACAAGAAUGUUACAAAGAAGGUAUUUCUUCAUCUCCAUGGAUCUCCAAGUGGAUAUGAAGAAGGUAAAAUAUUUGCAACUACUAUUCCAUCUGAUUGGGUUCUGAUUAGCCCUGUUAGAAUUGGAUAUUGUAAAACCAUGUUUGAAAAGUUUUCAGAAACUGAACGAAAGAUUAUUAAUUUCUAUAUGGGAGGAGAAACUUUCAACAAUCACACCUUUGAUUUUACCAAUAUUUCCCAUUUGCAACAAAUAUUAGAAUUGGAGGGGAAAUCUGGGAGUGAAAUUCCUUCAUUGGACUUUAUUUUGGAUUCGUCUAAUUUAUUGAUGGUUUCGUUGAUGAAUCAUUUGGUGGGUGAGAAUGCAAACUUUUCAGUGAUUGGAGUUUCUGGAGGAGGACCUUAUGCUCUACAUAUUGCCAAGAUGAAUCCUUCACGAAUUUCAAGUCUCCAUCUAAUUGUUGGAAUUGUUCGAAACAUGAUUAUUAUUAGAGGAGAAACUACGAGAAGUUUCAAAGAUUUGGAAAUUAAAUUGGAAAAAGGCAAUGACCCUUAUCUUAUCUAUGAUAAGAAAAAUGCUACUGAUUUAUUAUUGAGGUAUCAAGAAAGUUAUAGAGAUUCGUCUGAAGAAAGCUUUCGUAUAUAUUCUUGGGAUCCUUUCUUCUCCUUCCAAAAGUAUCCAAAUUUAUUAAGAUGGGGAAGUUAUGCUCUGUAUAGAAUAUUGUCCAUGAAACCUUCUUUAACUUUAUUCGUUUUUGGAGUAAGUUCUGAUUCCACCAAGUUACAAUCCCAAUGUUUCCCAAAAAUGGACGAAAACUUUACAAACCGCAAUAUUUAUAACGUUUUCCUUUUGAACUUUGCCUUCACUCAAAGAAAAACCAUUGGAUACCUUUUCGAUAUGUAUCUAUUUCUGAACAUGGCAUCUGACAGAAAGAAGUACCUUUCGUCCAUCAAAGUUCCAACUCAAAUACUUGCUUCUAUCUAUGAUAAGAAUGUUGAUUUUGAUGAAAAUGCGUUUUAUGCUUUCAAAAACAUUCCAAAUUCUAAAUUGGUAGCUUAUGGAGAUUGUGGACAUUUCUUCUUUGCCAAUCAAAUUGAAUCUGUAACUCAAAAUAUCAACAAUUUUAGAAAUAACAAUUAA